GAAACAAUGAGAACUAUACUUAUUUGUAUGUACUUGGUAACGCUGGCCACUGCCGCCAAACUACCUGCCAGUUUCAUGAAAUGUAACCCAAAACGAACGGACUUCCAUCAGUGCUUGCCAAAAGCCGUUGAAAGCACCAUCAGGCAGCUCCAGCGCUUGUACGAAGAUUUGAAUUUGACAGUCAGUGAGCACCUGGAAGUGCCUGCUUUGACCAUCGACGCCGGUUCUGGACCCAUGGGCACAAAACAAGUCUACAAAAAUUUGAUAGUGACAGGUUUAGAUGAAAUUACGUGCUCGAAAGCAGAUUUUGAUUUUGACAAGAAGAGGCUGAGUGUACAAUGUUUGAUACCGCGGUAUCAACUGAACUUUGAUUACGAGCUCAGUGGGAAGAUUUUGGUGCUGCCUAUAACAGGACAAGGGCCUGGCUUGAUCAUUCUACAUGACUAUAAAGUUGGGUUGAUUUUUGACUUGGAGGAAUACGAGAAAAAAGGGAAGAGGUAUUAUCGAGUUGUGGGUCAUAAGUUGGAUAUUGAUCCGAAACGUAUUGAGGUUAAGUUGGAUGAUUUGUUCGGUGGUGAUAAGGCUUUAGGUGACAGUAUGAACCAAGUAAUGAAUGAUAACUGGAAGGAGCUCUUUGAAGAUGUUAAGUCGAGUUAUUCUGAGGCUUUCGGGAGCAUUUUUGCCUCGAUUUUUAAUCGCUUGUUGGUGAAAGUGCCCGUUAGUGAAAUUUGGGGAUAAUUGAAAAUAAUCUUCUUUAAGUCUAGUUUCUUAAAAUUAAAUUUUGUAUGUAUUUUAAGAGUUUUGUAAUAAAUACAGAGUAAAAUGUU